ACUUUUUUGUUCCAGGUACCAGCCCUGCAGAGAUUCAUGAGAGCCCGAGGCCAGUUGCAGCACCAAGCAGGCGUGCAAAUUACUUCAUCCACCAUCUACACAUCUACCUUACACAUCGCAAGGGUCAAUGUCAGGAAUGCAAGCAUUGGAAGCUUAAAUGGGAUCCAAACUCCCGGACAAGUUUCAAAUGAGAACAGUACUGCAACUGCUCCAGAUCAACCAGCUCCUGUUAAUGUUCCUAAUUCAACAAGCAACCAGCUCCGAUACCCAGCCUUGAAUGCCCAGCAAACUGGAGCUGCUCCUGGUUCUAGCUUCCUUAAUCCCUUUGGCUCCUUCUUGCUCUGGAUUUUGGGCGGCGGUGCUUCCGACGGCAUCGUAUCCUUCUUCUCUAUGUUCAGAGACAUGCGAGACCAGGACCAUGCACAGGAUUUCACCCAACCAGAAAAUGAACCGGCUGGACAGAAUCAGGAAGAUUGACAUGGUUUCCUUGCACCUUCCAUUGGUAAGUCUGGUUCUCUACGUUCUAUUCUGGAAUGCAAAAACUGCUUUGUUUGAUGUGUUAUAGCUCUCCCUAUAAUCUUCUUUCUGCUCCUUCACAUGUUUGAAAUAUGUCAUAGAAAUUUUUUGUGUUUGAUUAAUUGAAUAUGUACAUAAAGAAGUUGAUGAACAGUCUUCCUUCCCUUCAUUUAACAACUUGGUUUUUAUUUUUUUU